CAAUCUUUGUAACAAGAAAGGGUAAAAUGGUCAAUAUUCACAUCAAAAUGUGGGUCUCUAUAUAUACGUAAAUAAAACAUUAGUAUUGAGAAUUGCAACAAAACAAAAAAACUGAAUUAAAAAUAAAUAUAACUGAGAAAGAAAAUAGAGAAAACAAAUUUAAACAAAAGAGAGGAAGAGAUCGUGAGGCAGAGGAGACACAAGGAGAAUUUUAGGGUUUGGGGAGACUCCGAAGAAAUUGGCGUAACCUAAUUCUCAUUUCAUCUCUUCAUUCUCACACACUUCUGUCUUUUGAACGCUUAGCUCCUCGUAAUGGUGGCUACUUCCGCUACGUCGUCGUUUUUUCCUGUUCCAUCUUCCUCUCUUGAGACUAAUGGAAAGGGAAACAAGGUUGCGUCUACUAAUUUUGGUGGACUUAAUUCAACACCAAACUCUGGAAGGAUGAAGGUUAAGCCAAACGCUCAGGCUCCACCUAAGAUCAACGGGAAGAAAGUUAACUUGCCUAGUUCUGUAGAGGUCUUAAAGGCUGAUAACGAGAAACCCGCACCGAGGACGUUCAUUAACCAGCUACCUGAUUGGAGCAUGCUUCUUGCUGCUAUAACAACGAUUUUCUUAGCAGCGGAGAAACAGUGGAUGAUGCUUGAUUGGAAACCCAGGCGCUCGGAUAUGAUUAUGGAUCCUUUCGGUUUAGGGAGAAUUGUUCAGGAUGGUCUUGUGUUCCGUCAGAAUUUCUCCAUUAGGUCUUAUGAGAUAGGUGCUGAUCGCUCUGCAUCUAUAGAAACUGUCAUGAAUCAUUUACAGGAAACGGCCCUUAAUCAUGUCAAGUCUGCUGGACUGAUGGAAAAUGGGUUUGGUUCCACCCCUGAGAUGUUUAAGAAGAACUUGAUAUGGGUCGUUGCUCGUAUGCAGGUUGUGGUUGAUAAAUAUCCUACUUGGGGAGAUGUUGUCGAAGUGGAUACAUGGGUUAGUCAGUCUGGAAAGAAUGGCAUGCGUCGUGAUUGGCUAGUUCGGGAUUGCAAUACUGGAGAAAUUGUAACGCGAGCAUCAAGUUUGUGGGUGAUGAUGAAUAAACUGACAAGGAGAUUAUCAAAGAUUCCUGAAGAGGUUCGAGGGGAAAUAGAGCCUUACUUUGUAAACUCUGAUCCUGUCAUUGCCGAAGACAGCAGAAAGUUAACCAAACUGGAUGACAAGACUGCUGACUAUGUUCGUUCUGGUCUCACUCCGAGGUGGAGUGACUUGGAUGUUAACCAGCAUGUUAACAAUGUAAAGUACAUUGGGUGGAUACUGGAGAGUGCUCCAGCAGGGAUGCUGGAGAGUCAGAAGCUGAAAAGCAUGACUCUGGAGUAUCGUAGGGAGUGUGGGAAAGACAGUGUGCUUCAGUCUCUAACCGCAGUUUCGGGAUGUGAUGUUGGUAAUCUCGGGACAGCAGGUGGAGUGGAGUGUCAGCAUUUGCUACGUCUCCAGGAUGGAGCUGAAGUGGUGAGAGGAAGAACAGAGUGGAGUUCCAAGACAGAAGCAACAACUUGGGAUGCUACUACAUCGUAAACAAAUGGGGUCCUUUGGUUCCUUUGUAAACUGUACCUCCUGCUGCUGCCACCUGCUUGCAACCACCUCCUUUGUAUAUUUCUUUUCUUGUUUUUACUUCAGUGGAGAUAUAUUAUUAUUUAUUUAAUCUUUCUAUUUUUUUUUUCUUAUGGGAAUGGGUGUCGUCUCUCAAUACGAUUAUGUGAUAUAUUAUUAUUUGUAAACCCAUGUGCCAGCGCCAGACAAGGCAAUAACUUUCUUAUCCCAAAAUUUAUUCUACUUUCUUUGUAGCUG